UCAAGGCAGCUGCAACGCUGACACACAACAACAUACACACAGAGAGACGUGCGCGUGUGUUUGUGUGAGCGAGAGGUGUCCAGUCGCCUUCGCUGACCCGCGCCGGGGUCUCUUCAGCGGCGCUGCCGGGGUGGGCGUGCUCGGCCCGGCCCCCGCGCGGAUCGACUGACUGACUGUCAAGCGCGGCGCUGAGGGAACGGGGCUGCCGCAGCCACGCCAGCAGCCGCCGCCGCUUUUGUCCGGGCAAGGCCCGGCUCGAGCGCGGGCGGCGAGUGAGGGAAGAAGCCGGUCGCGGCUGAGGCGGCGGCGGGAGAGCGAGCCGCCUUCCCCCGCGCGCCUUUCGUCCCCCCUUUCCCGCUCCGCUGCCUCAGGCCCGCCCAAGCCACCCGCCCCGGGCCCAGAGUUUGAAUAGCUGAGUCAGAUCUCAAAUCUGUAUCGGCAAGGAUUCCCAAUGUUUCUGGAAGCUGCAGCAUACACAGUGAGAAGAUGAGCAGCUACGAUUCAGAAAAGUUGAAGUUUGGAAUAUUGGCACAUAAAUCCACAAAGAGAGAAAUUACAGUAAUUAAAAGAGAUGAAGAUCUCUGAAAGAUAACUGAAGGUAGGAUGGAUGCUACGGUAAUACUGCCUAUUCUGAAGAAAAAGUUGGCCUUCCUUUCAGGCGGGAAGGACCGAAGAAGUGGACUCAUUCUGACAAUUCCAUUAUGCCUCGAACAAACAAAUAUGGAUGAGUUGAGUGUCACCUUAGACUACCUGCUAAGCAUUCCAAGCGAUAAGUGUAAAGCUAGAGGAUUUACUGUUAUAGUGGAUGGUAGAAAAUCCCAAUGGAAUGUUGUCAAGACUGUUGUGUUAAUGCUACAGAAUGUUGUUCCCGCUGAGGUAUCAUUGGUCUGUGUGGUAAAACCAGAUGAAUUCUGGGACAAGAAGGUUACACAUUUUUGUUUUUGGAAAGAGAAAGAUAGACUUGGGUUUGAGGUUAUUUUAGUAUCUGCCAAUAAGCUUACUCGGUACAUAGAACCAUGCCAGCUAACAGAAGACUUUGGAGGGAGUAUGACUUACGAUCACAUGGAUUGGCUGAACAAGAGACUGGCUUUUGAAAAGUUUACAAAAGAAUCAACAUCCUUACUGGAUGAGCUUGCCUUAAUCAACAGUGGUAGUGAUAAAGGAAACCAACAAGAGAAAGAGAGGUCUGUAGAUUUAAAUUUUCUUCCAUCGGUUGAUCCUGAGACAGUUCUGCAGACAGGCCAUGAAUUGUUAUCUGAAUUGCAACAGCGCCGCUUUAAUGGUUCCGAUGGAGGAGUCUCAUGGUCUCCAAUGGAUGACGAACUGCUUGCUCAGCCUCAGGUCAUGAAACUGCUUGAUUCACUCAGAGAACAGUACACACGUUACCAAGAAGUGUGCAGGCAGCGCAGCAAGCGGACCCAGCUAGAGGAGAUUCAACAGAAGGUAAUGCAGGUGGUGAAUUGGCUGGAAGGGCCUGGUUCAGAACAGCUUAGAACCCAAUGGGGAAUCGGUGAUUCAAUCAGAGCCUCACAGGCUUUGCAACAGAAACAUGAAGAGAUUGAAAGUCAACACAGUGAGUGGUUUGCUGUAUAUGUGGAACUUAACCAACAGAUUGCAGCUUUGUUGAAUGCAGGGGACGAGGAGGAUCUUGUGGAGCUGAAGGCCUUACAACAGCAGCUGAGCGAUGUCUGCUACCGACAAGCCAGUCAACUGGAGUUUAGGCAAAAUCUGUUGCAAGCAGCACUUGAAUUCCAUGGGGUUGCCCAAGAUUUGUCUCAGCAACUAGAUGGCUUGCUAGGGAUGUUGUGUGUGGAUGUGGCACCAGCUGAUGGAGCAUCAAUUCAGCAAACUUUAAAAUUACUUGAAGAAAAGUUAAAAAGUGUUGAUUUAGGUCAGCAAGGUUUGCGUGAAAAAGGUCAAAGUCUUCUUGAUCAAAUAUCUAACCAGGCAUCUUGGGCUUAUGGAAAGGAUGUAUCCAAUGAAAACAAAGAGAAUGUUGACCAUAUCCAGGGAGUGAUGGAAGAUAUGCAGCUCAGAAAGCAAAGAUGUGAAGACAUGGUGGAUGUGCGCCGACUGAAAAUGCUUCAGAUGGUUCAGUUAUUUAAAUGCGAAGAAGAUGCCUCUCAGGCGGUAGAAUGGUUAAGUGAAUUAUUAGAUGCUCUACUGAAGACUCAUAUCCGACUGGGAGAUGACAGUCAAGAAACCAAAGUUUUGUUGGAAAAACAUCGGAAAUUUGUUGAUGUUGCACAGAGUACUUAUGAUUAUGGGAGACAGUUACUACAGGCUACCGUCGUUUUGUGUCAGUCUCUGCGAUGCACUUCUAGGUCCUCAGGAGACACACUUCCAAAACUGAACAGAGUAUGGAAACAGUUUACGAUAACUUCAGAAGAGAGAGUAACUAGAUUGGAGAUGGCUGUUGCAUUCCAUUCAAAUGCUGAAAAGGUUUUGCAAGAAUGCCCAGAUGAGCCUGAGUCUAUUAAUGAUAUGGAGCAAUUCGAUGAAAUCGAAGCUGUUGGGAAAUCGCUUUUGGAUAGAUUAACAGUGCCUGUAGUUUAUCCUGAUGGUACUGAGCAGUAUUUUGGGAGCCCAAGUGACAUGGCUUCUACAGCAGAACACAUCAGAGAGAAGAUAAAACUAGUUUGUCUGAAGAAGCAGCAGCUGCGACAACCAGAAGUCUGCCCCACAGAGAGCUAAUAAUCUGGAUCUUUUAUCUUGCCAGUUUAUAACGUGCCCGUUUGUAAUCCAGCAUGUCACUGCAUUUUACGCCUGGCAUAACACAUUAAAAUGCAUUUUCUCAGCUAUUAUAAACUCUCCAUCUUUUUUUUUUGAAGUAAACUUCAUUCUACAUCUUAACAGUGUAUUUCUACCAAGCCAUAAUUAUUUAACAUGCUACAAAACCAUAGACUUUAAAUAUUAUUAAAAAAAAAACAGGAAGUGAACCAGUUGCACUGAACCCUUUGCUCUGAAGCUUUACCCGACUUGUCAACUGCUUCUUUGCCUAAGCAGCCGAUGCAAGUUUUUGAAUGGUGCUAAUAAGUACAAGUUCCACAAAAAAAUAGUAAUUCUCUUUUAUUCUACAAAUGAUUGUAGUAUUUUUAGGCUAUAGGCAAACUAUCUGUUGUGUAGACAGUGGUGACCCUAUAAUUUUAAUUUUUCUUACUUUUUAAAUGGUCCUUUUUUAUUGUGCCAAUAUGCAUCCCACCCAUCAAAUUUUGGAAUAUCAAAUUCAUUAUAAAUGGAUUUUCUCCCUCUCCCAGUUUGUAUGGAUAAUGUAUUGAGAACUGUUUUGUGCUUAAUAAAAUCCAUCUUUUUAAAAUCAGAUCACAUUUAUGUAUGCCUGUAUUUCCUAGUGUGCGGUGGAGGUUCACCAGUAGAACUGGGGAGGGCAUCGCUUUUUCUGGCCUUCCAGUUUGGGGCAAAGUGUUCUUCCUUUCCUUCCUGUGACGUGAAAGGGGAUAUUGCAUGGGCACUUCACUUUCUGGGUGGAAGAGAAAUCAUGGAAUAGGCACAACAUGUCUCCUAUUGUCUGAAUUCGAAAGAUGUGAGGCAAGAAGACGUAUAUUAUGAGGAGGUGGAAGGAGCUAUUUUGAGAAGGAGUUUGGACUGCUCCUGUGUUCAUGGUACAAGUAGUAACUUCCUCUUGAGAGGUACAGCGAAACAUCUUUCCUAUUAACUUUCAUUUCUAGUUGCAGAUAAAAAAAAUAGAUUCUAUGAGUUGGUCUUGGAGGAAGAAAACUAGUGGAAAGUUAGUGACGCCAUUAAUAGCUAGAAAGUAAUAAAUGAGGAGAAGGCUUAUUGGGGCAGGUCAAACCUCUUCUCCCCCCCAAUACACAAACUUUUUAUUUGCUACUUUGCAGGUAUGUAUACUUUUAGUGGUUCAUGGCUGAGGGAACUCAAGUUAAGUAGGUAAUCUGUAUGCAAUGUCCAGACUUGGUAAAUGCUGCAUAUUGUAAAAAAAAGUUUAUUAAAUUAAAAACAAAUUAAAAUUA